CCGAAUUCGAAUCUUCGUCCUUGGACAAGGCUGAUCAUAGCUUGCGUUUAGCGCGAUCUACGACAUUUGCGCGUGAGUUUGAUGAUAGAUAUCUUUCACUUUCGUUGAGCUCAUAGUGAUAUUUAUCAAUCUGAAAAAGCAAUGUGUGAGAAUGAGCUAGGACCAGCAGAGGAUGAACUUUUUGAAGCUUGUUAUAGUGGAGAUUUUGAAAAAGUUGUAAAAUUAGUUGAAGAAGAAGAUGCGGAUAUAUGCUGUAAGUGUUUCGAAACUGGUGUGACUCCUCUAAUGAUUGCAGCUGGAAUGGGAUACACAUAUACUGUCAAUUAUUUACUCUCAAAAGGUGCGCCAUGGAAUGCAGUGGAUAUAGAAUAUCUAUGUGCAGGUGAUUAUGCUGCGAAAAAUGGUCAUCAACGCUGUAUUGAUGCCAUACUGAAUCAUGCAGUUAUGUCUGAACUCUUGUUGUCGUUAGCUGUUGAUAAAAGUGAAUCACUAUCUUUAGAAAAUAUUGAUUCUAUGAAUUACUCAACAGUUAUCGAAAAUACUAAUAGGACUGAGAAGACUGAACAGCUCAAUGCCGCUUAUCUUGCUAGCCGACUAAAGUAUACUGAGGAUGGUAAAUGCCUGGUGGAUACGAAUACACAAUUGGCUGUUAUGAUGGAUUGGGAAACAUCUAUCAUGGAGAAACAUGCAGCAUGGAUUUGUCAUGCAGAUGUCGUCGGCAGUAAUAACGAUAAUAAACCGCCGCUUAAUAUUUUAAAUGUUGGUUUUGGUAUGGGUAUCGUUGAUACAGCUAUACAGAAAUAUUCUCCGCAUUCUCAUGUUAUCAUAGAGGCACAUCCUGAGGUACUACAAAAGAUGCAGUCAGAAGGUUGGUAUCAACGACCUGGUGUUCGAAUUAUUGCAUCCAGAUGGCAAGACGCAGUUGUCACACUAGCCAAUGAAAUUGAAGAAGGGAAGAUGCCAAGAUUUAGUGGAAUAUUUUUUGAUACCUACGCUGAAGAUGAUAAAGAUUUAAAGGAAUUUAAUACAUGGUUACCCAAAUUACUCUCACUUCCUCCAGGUGAAGAGCAGUCAGUUGGGAAUGAGAAUGAAGUUCAACCGCUUCCUGGACGCUAUUCAUAUUAUAACGGUCUAUGUCCGGAUAAUGUAUUUUUUCACGGAGUGGCAUGUGAAACUAUUCGACUCCACUUGAAAAGAUUAGGAUUAUGUUGUGUAUAUGACGCUGUACCAGUUGAUGUUGCUGGCCAAGAUUUAUGGAAGAAUGUUGCCCAAAGAUACUGGUAUUUCGAUACAUAUUUUCUACCAAAGUGCACAUUCUAUUGCUAAGAUUAAAAUUAUUUUAUGGA